ACAAAUUAAUGAAAUUGAAGGGAUUGAAGAGUAAAUCUAACAGUUUCUAUAACUCUGAACGGUGGAAAUAUGGGAAGGUUGCAAUCGCGGGCUAUGUGCUGACUUCUUGAAUCGACUCUGAACCUUUCGAAUCAACUCACUGGAAGUAAAAUUCAGGCUCUUACUCGCACCUCUUUAGUGCUUUGAGAACGGGUGUCUUUAGAGUUUUCAUGCAAGUCUUCAUUGCAUUUGAGAUGAGCUGACAAAUUUCAGCCUGGUAGUAGAAAGUGAAUCGCUUUAGCAGGAGCGAUAUGUCAAAUUCAAAGGCCAAUGAGGGUGGCGGCAGUGCUAAGCGCAGUCUUCCUUCAUGGAUGAGUGGGAAGGACGAUGGAAGUACGUCUCGAGGCAAGAAACCAAACAGUUCUGCUUCUGUUGGAAAUGAUUUGAUGGUCGAAGCUGAAGAGCCUAAGCAAGAGAAGGGAAAUGGUGAAGGUCCAGUGAGCAGUUCAUUACACCAUGAUUUCUCCAGACUUCUGGAAGGAGUAGUUUUCGUGUUGUCAGGUUUUGUUAAUCCUGAGCGUAGCAUUUUGCGAUCUCAAGCUUUAGAAAUGGGAGCUCAAUAUAAACCUGAUUGGAACUCAGAUUGCACUUUGUUGAUCUGUGCUUUCCCAAAUACCCCAAAAUUUCGGCAAGUGGAGUCAGAUUGUGGAACCAUAGUAUCAAAGGAGUGGAUUUCAGAAUGUUAUGCACAGAAGAGGCUUGUUGACAUUGAAAGCUACCUCCUCUAUGCUGGAAAACCUUGGAGAAGAUGCGAUCUUUCACGUGAAGCCACCCAAGAUAUUCCAUCACCAUCCAAGAAACCUCAGAGAGUGGUUGAAAAAACUUCACAUUUAAAACCACAUGAGCCGGAGAUAGCUCAGAGUAGACGGAGUAAUUUUUCAAGAGACUGCUUUUCUCCUUCGAAAUUAAAGAAAUGGGCUAUUGAUGAUUACCAUAAGACACUUUCUUGGCUAGAGAGUCAAGAAGAGAAGCCAGAUCCAAGUGAGAUAAAGAAAAUAGCAGCAGAAGGAAUUUUAACUUGUUUACAAGAUGCCAUAGAUUCUCUUCAUCAAAAUCAGGACAUCAAUCAGAUGACUGAAGAAUGGAAGUUCGUUCCCCAGGUGGUGGAAGAGCUGGCAAAGCUUAGCAAUAAGAAAGAGUCGAUAUCAAAGGAGGAACUUUGCAGGCAGGCCACGGAUUCUAAAAGCAUUUAUGAAGUAGAACUUAAUUCUCUUCUUGAGAGUUCCCCAGAAAGAAAGAAGAAGCGAAUUGUCAAGAAAGAGUCGAAGAAUGGUCAUGAAACAAAGGAAUAUGAUAGUGAUGACACGAUUGAGAUGACUGAGGAGGAGAUAGACGUGGCAUUCCAUAAAGUAGUUUGUAAGAAUUCUUAGUUUAGGUCCUUUGAGAUUUACAAAGAGAAACGCUUUUGCUGGUAUGCGUUGUUGCCAUAGUAUGCUUGUGUUAAUCUAAAGAAGUGAGAAUGGGUCCAUUGAUUCUAUAUUCUCGUGCUUACUUGACAUGUUUGACAUGUUUGAGAGUGGUUCUAAAAUAUUAUAAUCACUUUUGAUUUUGGGAUUUUAAAAUUGCUCUCAAACAUUUGAACAUUCAA